ACGGAGCGUUCCCGGCUGCCGGUUACGGCAAUGCAUUUGGGACAAUUUAGGCCAUUUCUCUCUUCUUCUUCUUCUUUUUUUUUUUUUGUUUCUUUUGAGUUCCGCGCUGUGCUCCGCCACUAACGGCCCCUGACGGAGGAACGGAGCCUGAGGCGGCUGGAGUGGAUACUGGGACCAAAGCUUCCGCCUCCCUGCUGGCCUCAGGCUUGAAAAGCAAUUGUCAUGCUGUCUUAUGUAGAAAAAUUCCACUGUAUAAUCAUAUUGUUCUGUAAAAUAAACAGUGCUAUAGUGUAGUAAUAUUAACACAUUGCAAGCAAACUUCAGAAUGAGCAAGCGAACCAGGGGUGAAAUUCCUUUAGGAAGGAUGAGCACAGCAGCAUUCCCAUCUCCAGCUGCCGAAAUGGCAGAAAUGAAUCGAAUUCAGUAUGAAAUUGAAUAUACCGAAGGGAUCAACCAGAGAAUGAGAGUUCCAGAAAAACUCAAGGUAGCACCACCAAAUGCUGACCUUGAGCAAAGUUGUCCUGAAGGAGGGCUUCCAAAUGCCAGUGUAACAAUGCAGGUGCCAGAGCGGAUUGUAGUGGCAGGUAAUAGUGAAGACAUUCCACUUUCUAGACCCCCAGAUCUAGAUCUUCUACAGUCAACUCCAUUCAAGUCUCUGUCGCUGAAAACUCCUCCCCGUGUUAUUUCACUUAGUGAUCGUCCACUAGAUUUUCUGGACUUAGAGAGACCUCCUCCUCACACUCCUCAGAAUGAAGAGAUUCGGUCAGUAGGAAGGCUGAAAAGAGAACGUUCCAUGAGUGAAAAUGCAACUCGUCAGAAUGGCCAGUUGAUGAGAAAUGAAGCACUUGUGACACCAUCACCUCAACAGGUUCGUGUCUGCUCUCCCCAAAAGUUUUCUGAAGAUGGACCUAGUCUUUACUCUGCUCGGGGCAUUUUGUCGCUUAUCCAGUCUUCUACUCGUAGGGCUUACCAGCAAGUCUUGGAUGUGCUGGAUGAAAACCGCAGGCCAGUGUUACGUGGUGGGUCAGCAGCUGUCAGUUCCUCAAGCCGCCAUCACGAUGAAGCCAGAUAUACUCUUUCAAAUAUAGACACAUCAUUAGAGGGAGCAUCAGAAGAUAUGACAGUUGUGGAUGCUGCUUCUUUAAGACGACAGAUAAUAAAACUUAAUCGCCGCCUACAACUUCUGGAAGAAGAAAAUAAAGAACGAGCUAAAAGGGAGAUGAUCAUGUAUUCAAUCACUGUAGCCUUUUGGCUACUAAAUAGUUGGCUUUGGUUUCGGCGCUAAAAUUAGCUUCUACAUUUAAAAAGAUCUGACAGUGAGGAAAUUCAAAAAAAUUACAAAGCCCUUUGUUCCUGUCUCUGAAUUGUAUGGUGACUUAUGACCCGUGCACUGGAAACGUCAGCCACUGUAUAAAAACUGUAACGUAUUACAGUGUUAAAAGGAUGCUUGGACUUUUUUUUUCAAGUUGUUGUAACAUUCUGUUAACAUUUUUUUUUUUUGCAUGAUAAUGUAUAUUUGAACUGUAUUAUUUUGCAAAUGGAAAUGUCUUCACCCUGUAAAGGUAUCUUACAGACACUUCUCUUUGCAUAGAAAGACAAACGCGGAUUUUUCAAAUAAUCUACAAAAUGGUGUAACUUGCAGUAGGUUUUUCAUUGUUUUUGUAUUAUUAAAUACAGCACCUUUAUUGUUAACUAAUUGCACUUGUUUCGUUUAGCCAAAAAUUUUUUGCGGUUUGCCAGAUGAAAUGGCAUCCUAAUUUAUCUAUAUCUCUCAUUCUGGCAACUGUACAUAUUGACUAAAACAAUUAUUUGCUAGAAUGUCAGCAGAUUAUCCAGAGGUAUGUGUAAAAUGUUGUUUAGCUUUAAUUUUGCUUUUUUUCCUUAAAAAAUAAAAUUUUAAGUAAGCCUGAGUGAUUCAAAGAUUAUGGAACAAAGUACCAACAGUAGUGUAAUUCAUAAAAGUAAAGAGAUUGUAAUUUCUUAUCAUUGCACUGAAUUGUAUUCUUUGUUCUUUGGAUAUGUACAAACUUGCAGUUGGAACUACUUAACUUUCUAUUUUGAGCUAAAACAUCUUUUAUUUCUUUAGUUCUACACAGCAUCUCAAAUCACUGUUUCUAUUUAAGCGGUUAUUUUCUUGUUUGUUCUUACACAUUGAGUCCAACCAUUUGCACAUACAUUAUUUUCCUACACAAUGUUCACCGUGUGUUUUAUUUUAAAAGUUCUACCUUCUUGGAAAGUGAUGUAAAAUAAUAAAAUGUUGACAUCAAAAGCAUUUGUGAACCAUGAAAAACAAAAUCUAGUCUCUAAAUAAUUUCAAUAAUUAAAGAUUAGAUAAAA